CUAAAUUGCAGAUAGCACAUUCACUGACAGUUUUCACUUAUUGCCAAGAUGUCAUCCUUAAUUGUUGUAUUUUUUCUAAGUGCAUUUCUGAUAAGUAAAGUGAGCUCUGAGUGUUUAACGUACAAUUUUGAGGAUAAAAUUGACGAGUUCCUAAUAAAUGAACAUUGCCAACUUCCGGCAUGGGUCACAGAUGUUUUUGAUGAAUUCGAGUCACCGUUUUCUUCACAAAGUAAAACUUUUAUAUCACCUCGUGUCGAAAUGAGUUGUGUAUCAUCGAGAAGCUUUUCCGUUCAUACCGACGGAACUUUUGAAAUUAAUGUUGUGAUGAUGCCGAGUGAAAAUGCAUUCUCCGAUUUAAUUGCGGUACAAAUAAUGUCGACUGUUAGUGGUACACUAGUAGGAUCCGCAUCUUUGAACGCCGUGAGCGACGUGAUUUCUCCUGACGGAUAUCAAGUCAUGUCUAUCAAUUGGAAUUCAGAAAUAGAACCGGGAGCAUACGAAAUUUACGUAGUGUUCAUGGGAAUGGCAGCUGAAGACUCAAGGGUGCUCAUCGAUUCUCUUCGCUACAUCCCUCCGGAAUCGAAUCCUGAUGACCAAGAAUGCAAUAUUUAUAAUGAUUUUCAAACAACCACCACUGAAUCAAGCGCUACUGAGUUAACCACUACUGAAUCAAGCAGCACUGAGUUAACCACUACUGAAUCAAGCAGCACUGAGUUAACCACUACUGAAUCAAGCAGCACUGAGUUAACCACUACUGAAUCAAGCAGCACUGAGUUAACCACUACUGAAUCAAGCCCCACUGAUCCAAGCACCACUGAACCUAACACUACUGAACCGAACACAACUGAACCAAAUACUACUGAAUUAAACACAACAAGUGAACCUGACUCAGAAAAUCACAGUACUUCCAAGCCCACCUACCCCGAGGUAUCAGAUGAUACUUUUUGGAUGACACUAGCCUUAGUAUCCGUGUCUUUGCUCUGCUUUACUAUCAUGGGCGUCCUUUCUUACACUUUCUACAGAUGUGGCCAACGAAGAAUGUUAAGCAAACUGCAGCAAAACUAUCUAUCAACAGAUAACCUUCCUAAACCGAUAGAAAUGCCCCGAGCAAGAAUUUACAACAAUUACGAUAAAAAUAAUAGAUUCAAUAAAAUGUUCACUUACUCAGUUACCUUUGCACUGCUUAUCUGCGUGAGCAGUUACGUGAACAGUCAAGAGUGUGUCACUUAUAAUUUCGAAGAGAAUUUCGAUGAGUUCUUCUCAAGCUGCGGCGACGACAAUGAACUAUGGAGUACAGGUUUCUACGAAGACUUGGGCAUUGAGAGUCCCCACCCGCUAAGCACCACGUUUAUCAAACCUGGACAGAAUGGUCUGAGCUGUGUAUCAUCUGGCACAUUUCCUGUUCGGGCAGAUGGUAAAUUUGAAAUACAAGCAUAUAUGAAAUCCGCUAGUGGGACUGAACAGAUAAUAGUGAUUGUCUUCGGGGAGCAAGAAGAAGAAAACGAUGCUACUCUGGGUGUCGCAGUGCUAAGCGCAGAAGUUGAUGGUGAAUCAGCUGAUGGAUUUUACAAUUUUGAAGUGAAAUGGUCAGUGUCAGAUGACAAGUUGUACAAUGGAUAUGUAAAAUUCCAAGGUGUGGUUAGUGAGGAGUCGAUACUGUUAGUUGAUUCAUUUCGGUAUAUACCUCCUGGAGUAGAUGCCGAAUCAUGUUCUGCUUAUGACGAUGCAGAGUCCCCAGACCCAGAGUCCAGUAGCCCAACAACUGUUGAUCCAGAGUUCAGUAGCCCAACAACUGUUGAUCCAGAGUUCAGUAGCCCAACAACUGUUGAUCCAGAGUUCAGUAGCCCAACAACUGUUGACCCAGAGUCCAGUAGCCCAACAACUGUUGAUCCAGAGUCCAGUAGCCCAACAACUGUUGAUCCAGAGUCCAGUAGCCCAAUCACUGAUGACCCAGAUUCCAGUAGCCCAAUAACUGAUGGUCCAGAGAUAGAUCCUAUAACAGAAGGUCCUGGGACAGAUAGUCCGGACGUGCCGAGUGCGAGCCCUGACCAACCAGGCGUCGACCCCAUUUGGAAAACAUUAGCAAUAGUGUUUGCAUCAUUGCUAUCAUUCACGAUUCUCGGUCUCGUUUGUUGGUCAUUCUACGAGUGCGGAAAAAGAAGAGUACAAAAGCAAACUCCACAGGAGUUGUUUAUGACUGAUUACGAUAACUUGCCGAAGCCGAUAACUAUGCCGCGAGUGGCGAGGGCCUUUAAUGAUACGAGUAGCAUUUACAAUAAAAAUCAAUUUAAUCCAUACAAUUUAAUUCGAUACGAUAAGUCACUGAAGCCGCGCAAACUCGCAGUACCCAUUUCCGCGUUUAUUAACAUAUUUGGAAAAACAGGCUAUAAUCAGAAAUACCUGAAUGUUUCACGUAUAGACGCAAUGUUAGUUUUACUGUGUUUUUUCGCAAUACUAAAAUCUAUAGUUUCAGAGGAGAUGUGUGUUGUGUAUUCUUUCACCGAUGACUUUUAUCGUUCGUUUAGUAAAAAAGAAUGCAGUGAUGAUGUCAGUUGGGACUUAGUGAACUACUCUGAUGCUGGGGUACCUUUACCAAGUGACGUCAGUGUUAGUGGAAUUAAAGGCACAGACAGAAGUUGCUCAACAUCUUUUGAAUUGGUGGUCUACUCUGGCAGCUCACUAGAACUCCAAGUGUUUUCAAGUGGGAGGUGCGGUGUUGUCGUGUCUGUUUUAUCAGCUCUGCAAAGAUCGGAUGACCCUGUACAAACAAAAACAUUCGAACCUGAAGAUUUGCCCGAGGCUCAAUGGUCUCUGGUGUCUAUGGAAAUAGGAAGUAAUAGUUCUCAUAAUGGAUAUAUAAAAAUAGAAGCAAGUUGCAAUGACGAGGCCAGUUUCAUUUUAAUCAAUUCUUUUCGAUAUCUUCCCACCGCAUUGAGUAAAGAAAAGUGCCUAGUUUACCCGAGAAACAAUACACCGACAGAAUCAAACACAUCUAUAGAGGAUGGAGAAUUUCUAUUGUAUGAUGCAAAGAGGAGAGUAGCCGAUGAAGUGUCAAUAGAAGCUGAUGAUGAUACAGCAACGGACAGUCCAGAGAACGUCGACGGCGGUGGAAGCUCAGAGACUGAAGCGCGAACAUUCUGGAAUGCUUUAACAAUAUCGAUAGUGUCUGUAGUGGGAGCAGCUGUGGUGUCUAUAAUAUUCUAUGGGGCAUACAAGUGUGGCCAAGUGAGGGCAAGAGAUGAAUCUAUAGACUAUGAUAUAGAAGAACCUGCCAGCAACGUCACUCUACCGCGAGUGAGAAGUGCUACUGAUGGUAGAAAUACAAUUUUGGGUCGAUAUGACGUGUAAUGUAAAGUAGGUAAUCAUGAUUGCUUGUGUUUGUUGGGCCACUGGCGAAGCUUCAGACAGUACCGAACU